ACAAGACGAAUGUGAAUUCCAGUGAUUUCAGUUUUUUUAGCAAAGGACUUAUUAAAACGUGGUGGAAAUUCUCCGGAAUAUAUUCAUGAACACUUCUCAGGAUCUCCCUGAAAUCAUUCUAAUACUGUCUUUGAUCUGCACAGUUGGAGCAUUUUUAAAACUACGUUUGAAAGACUUUCCAAUUCCUCUCCCUGUGAUAUUGUUUUUAAUUGGAUGUAGUUUUGAAAUACUAAGUUUUACAUCUGACCAGGUCCAAAGAUACACAGAUGCCAUACAACAGAUGAAUCCACACUUAUUUUUUAAUAUAUUUACACCAGUAAUUAUCUUUAAUGUUGCAUUUGACAUGGACAUUUACAUGCUCCACAAGUUAUUUUGGCAGAUACUUUUAAUUACAAUUCCUGGCUUUCUGAUGAAUUAUAUUUUAGUUCUUUGGUAUCUGACAUCUGUGAAUCAAUUACUUUUGAAAACCAUCCCAUGGUUAUUAUUUUCAUCUAUCCUUGUGAGUUCAGAUCCCACGCUGACUGCAAUUGCUGUAAGAGACCUUGGUCUUUCUAGAAGCCUCAUCAAUUUAAUUAAUGGGGAAAGUCUGAUGACCUCUGUAAUGUCUUUAAUUAUGUUUACCAGUGUGUUAGAUCUUAACUCUGGCCAGCAAAGGCAAAUGAACUUUUCCUUAGCCCAAGCCUUCCUGAGUGAAAUCUGGUCAUACGUUCUUGCAAGUUUCUUGUUUGGAAUUUUAAGUUCGAAAUUGAUUCAAUUGUGGCUGUCUACUGUUUUUGAUGAUGAUGUCAAUCAUAUCAGUCUCAGCUUUUCAGUUGUGUACCUCAUCUAUUUUAUUUGUGAGCUAGUUGGAAUGUCUGGAAUAUUUACCCUGGCCAUUAUAGGGCUUUUUUUUAAUUCUACAAGUUUUAAACCAGGAGUUGAAGCAGUUCUUCUCAAAUUCUGGAAUUGUCUAUCAUUUGUUGCUCUUCUUAUGGUGUUUACUUUCAUUGGACUUCUAAUUCCUGCACAUACAUAUUUAUCUGUAUCAUUAUCUGAUGUAUAUUACUUAUUAAAUACCUACUUCACACUUAUUGUUUUAAGACUUCUGGUCUUUCUAGCCAUGAGCCCUCUUUUGUCUCGAAUUGGACACGGGUUCAACUGGCGCUGGGCGUUCAUAAUAGUCUGGAGUGAAAUGAAGGGGACCCCCAACAUCACCAUGGCCCUGCUGCUUGCCUACUCGGACCUUCCUCUGGGAUCUGAGAGGGAAAAAUCUCAAUUAUUAUUUCAUGGAGUGUCAGUAUGCUUAGUUUCCUUGAUUGUCAAUAGAUUGAUUUUGCCAACGGCAGUUAGUAAACUUGGUCUCCUUGAUGUCACAUCAACAAAAAAUAAAUCACUUUAUUAUACAUUUCAACACUUUCAAGAGCUUACCAAAUCUACAGUCUCUACACUCAAAUUCGACAAGGAUCUUGCUAAUGCAAAUUGGCACAUGGUUGAGGAAGCACUUAUACUUCAAAACCCAUAUGCGUUGAACCAAGGAGAAGCAACAGGCCAUCAAAAGAUGAGAUGUCCAGACUGUAACAGGAAAAUAGAUGAGACCCUUAACUUUGAAACAAUGGAGUUGGCCAACAGGCGUCUCUUGUCAGCACAAAUAGCAAGCUACCAGAGACAGUACAGGAAUGAGAUUCUGUCCAAGAAGGCGGUUCAGCUGCUGGUAGGUGUAGCAGGAAGCUUUGGUGACAAGGGAGAAUAUAUGAGUCUUGAGGCAAUAAAGAAAUAUUAUGAAAGCAUAAAAUUUCUUGGAUUUAUUAGAAAACUAUUGCUCAAGUGUGUGUAUAAUACUAAAAAGGAAAAAGGGACACCAUCAAGACAUUGCUUUCUUCAUGUAUGCCAUAAGAUUGUAUUUACUGAUGAAUUUGAGUAUGUUGGAUACCUUGUCAUAGUGAUGAAUAUGUUUCCUAUUAUAAUUUCUUGGAUAUCUGUGUUAGGAGAUAUCUAUAAGCAUGAAUUAAGAUACUCUAACUACCUUUUUCUUGCAUUUUAUAUCCUGGAAGCCCUAUUAAAGAUAGCAGCAAUGAGGAAGGAAUAUUUUUUACAUACCUGGAACAAAUUUGAGUUAGCAAUUAUAGUUUUGGGCAUCAUAGAUGUAAUUCUUACUGAGACAAAUUCCAUUGGUUUUACUUUUGAUGUGAUUCAAAUAGUGGUCUUUAUGAAACUUCUUCAACUUGUUCGAGUAUUACGCAUUUUGAAGCUUGUAACACCAAAGUUGCUGCAAAUAACAGAUAAAAGGAUGAGUCAUCAGCUGUCCUUUAAGUACGCAAUACUAAAAGGGUAUGUCCAAGGUGAAGUGGACACAAUGACCAUAAUAGAUAAGAUUGCAAGUUCUGAAGAGGUUAAACAGAUGCUGUUAAGGAGGGUAACAAAGAAUACAGGACAUGCUAUGGAAGAGCUAGGCUACUUAGAGUAUGAUCAUCCAGAAAUCACUAUCACUAUGAAAACAAAGGAAGAGAUUAAUGUUAUGCUUAAUUUGGCUACAGAAAUUGUUAAUGUUUUCAGGUUAAAAGGAAUUAUUCAUGAAGUUGAAGGUUCUGAAAUUGAUAAGUUAAUAAUGGCCAAAAAAAAAGAGAUACUUGACUUUCAACCUAUUAUCAAGCCUCUUACUGUUGAAGAAGCACUGUCUCAUAUUCCAUGGCUAGAUAAAAAUGAAAACCAUAUAAGAUUCAUUCAGGAAAGAGCCAGAAUUUUAACAUUUGAUUGUGAAAAUGAUGUAUUUGAAGAAGGUGAUGAGCCCAAAGGAAUUUAUAUAAUACUUUCAGGCAUGAUAAAGCUUCAAAGAUCAAAGCCAGAUUUGAGAAUUGACGAAAUACUCUGGGAGUCAGAGGAGAAAGAUUAUGAGAUAACUUACACAGACUAUUUGAUCAGCGGGGAAAUAAUAGGAGAGAUAAACUGUUUAACUAAUACUCCCAUGAAAUAUUCUGCUACCUGCAAAACUGUAGUGGAGACAUGUUUUAUUUCCAAAAAUCAUUUGUAUGAAGCUUUUCAACACUACAGUCCUCACAUUGAAUAUAAAAUGUGGCUGAAACUUGGACUUUCUAUUACUGCCAGAAAAAUGAGAGAACAUUUAUCUUAUGAGGAUUGGAACUACAAGAUGCAAUUAAAACUCUGUAACGUUUAUGUAAAAGAUAUACCAAGGAACACCAAAACUAGUAUCUAUGAUAAAACUGUAAUUUACAUCAUUCUCAUACAUGGAGCUGUAGAAGAUUGUUACUUACGAAAAGCUUAUAAGGCACCUUUCUUAAUUCCUAUACCAUGCUAUCAAGUCCAAGGCACUGAAGAUUUCACGAAGGUAAUGAUAGCUCAAACUUCCACUGAUGUGAAAAAACUCAGACGGAACACUAGAAAGUAUGUAUGCUCACAUAAGCCAUCUCUUCCAUCCACAUCAGUGUCUGCAGUGUAUGAAGAUGACCAGGAUGAAACAACUAUUGAGGACAGAGCACAGAGUACUGCUACUGUCAGAAGUCCCAGUGGUCGGUCCCCUGCUCUAGACUAA